AUUAAUACUGCCUUUGUGACCACAACCAACCUUGUAGGCCCUGCAACUGCCAAACCUACAACAAGUACUGCCACUACUCUUGCAUAUUCAUCUACAACUACAGAUUUCACAAAUCACACAGCCGCAAAACUUCCUUCCACUCCCACAACCACUGGUAUCACAACAACCCCCACAACCUCAAAAGUUACUUUAAGUCCUCUGACAAGUUACACAACUUCAGUCCAUGGGACCAGAACCACAUUGUUAACCCAUACAACUCUCAAAGCCAUGACAAAGCCUCCUGCUACUACAGUUGCACCACCUGGCUCAACUACUGCAUCCUUACAUACAAACCCCACUUCCACAACUACAUCUCCAGCUAACAUUUUGGAUAGAUCAACCACAUCACCCGACACAACUGCUACAGCUUCAGAUCUUACAAAUCAACCCAGAUCAACAGACCCAGCAGCCCUAAUAUCAGUCUCAACUGCCUCCAGUACCAGUUCAGAACCCACUACUACAGGCAUACCAUCAUAUGCCAGGACAAUACACACUGACUCAACGCCCACAACAAAAAACAAAAUGCCAUCCUUCACAACUUCUGUUUCUUCUACAACUGCCUCAGCUACAUCUGCAGCCACACCAUCCACAAACACAAAUAUUUCCUCUGCCCCAACAACCACAAAUAUUAAUACUGCCUUCAUAACGAUAACAGACAUUUUAGCACAUACAACUCACAAACCCAUGACAAAAUCUCCUGCCGUGACACUUGUAACUUCUGCUUCAACUGCUACAUCCCCACAUACAAGCUCCACUUCAACAGCUACAUCUCUAACCACCAUUUUGGAAAAAUCAUCCACAUCAGACCACACAACAACCACUACAGCUUCAGCUCUUUCAAAUGAACCCAAGUCAACAGGUCCAGCAGUUAAAACUUCUGCCUUCACUAUCACCAGUACCAGUUUAGAACCCACAACAUCAGCGAUACCCUCACCUGCCAGGACAACACACACUGAAUCAGGGUUCACAACUAAAGAUAAAGUUCCAUCCUCCAUAGGUUCUGUUUCCUCUACCACUCCAUCAGCUACAUCACCAGCCACAGAGUCCUCAACCACAAAUGCUUCUUCUUCUCCAGUAACCACUGAUAUUAAUACUGCCUCCAUGAAAAAAUCAUCUGCUGCUACACGUCUACCUUCUGGCUCAACUGCGACACCUCCACACACAAGCUCCACUUCUAAAGCUACAUCUCAAGUCAGCAUUAUGAAUAGUUCAACCUCAUUAGCCCAAACAAAAACUACUAUAGCUUCCACUCCUACUAAUGAACCCAAAUCAACAGACCCAGCAGCCAUAAAUUCAGUCCUUACCACCACCAGUUCCGGAUUAGAACCCACAACUACAGGUGUACCCUCAAAUACCAGGACAACACACCCUGAUUCAGGGCCUACAACUAAAGACAAAACAUCAUCCUCCACAGCUUUGGUUUCCUCUACAACUGCCUCAGCUACGUCUGCAGCCACAGCAUCCACAAAUACAAAUAUUUCUUCUGCACCGGCAACCACAAAUAUUAAUACUGCCUUCAUAAGGAUAACAGACAUUUUAGCCCAUACAACUCACAAACCCAUGACAAAAACUUCUGUUUCAACACUUGAACCUUCUGGUUCAUCUACAGCGUCCCCACGUACAAGCUCCACUUCAACAGCUACAUCUCAAGCCGAUGUUAAUGAUACAUCAACAACAUUAACCCACACAACCACUACUACAACUUCAUCUCUUAAUAAUGAACCCAAAUCGACAGACCAAGCAAUCAUAACAUCAGUCUUCACUGCCACCAGUAACAGUUUAGAACCUACAACUAUAGGCAUACCCUCAACUGCCAAGACAAUACACACUGAUUCAGGGCCUACAACUAAAAACAAAAUAACAUCCUCCACAAAUUCUGUUUUCUCUACUCCUCCCUCAGCUAUAUCUACAGCUACAAAUGUUACUUCAGCCCCUAUAGCCACUAAUAUUAAUACUGCCUUUGUGACCACAACCAACCUUGUAGGCCCUGCAACUGCCAAACCUACAACAAGUACUGCCACUACUCUUGCAUAUUCAGCUACAACUACAGAUUUCACAAAUCACACAGCCGCGAAACUUCCUUCCACUCCCACAACCACUGCCCAGAUCAACAGACCCAGCAGCCCUAAUAUCAGUCUCAACUGCCUCCAGUACUAG